AUUUCCCUUUCCUUUAAUGAAGGAGACUAACUCAAAAGCAUAGAGUGGAAGAAGAGGUUCAGAGAAAAAAAUGGAGACAGAAGAGAACAUUGUAAUUGUGGGUGCUGGCAUAGCUGGUCUUGCUACUUGUUUGGCACUUCACAGGGUGGGGCUGCGGAGUAUUGUCUUGGAAAUAUCAGAUUCGUUGCGAGCUACUGGAUUUGCACUGUUAUUGUGGACUAACGCCUGGAAAGCUUUGGAUGCACUUGGCAUUGGAGACUCUCUUAGACAAAUUUCCUUAUCCAUUACUGGGGUUAAAAGUUUCUCUGCGGAUUCAGGAGCACCUAUUAAGGAGGUAUCAUUUGUGGACAAUAACCGUAUAGAUUAUGAAAGUCGUUGCGUGAGAAGGAAAGACCUGUUGGAGAAAUUAGAGAAUGAAGUGCCUCAAGGCGUUAUUAGAUAUUCUUCCAAGGUUGUUUCCAUUGAAGAAUCUGGACCAAUGAAAGUGGUACAUCUUGCAGAUGGUUCCAUUAUUAGAACUAAGGCCUUAAUUGGGUGUGAUGGAGUAAAUUCUGUGGUGGCAAACUGGCUUGGGCUUCAGAAGCCUGUCAAUUCUGGGCGGUCUGCAAUUAGAGGCUUUGUUGAAUAUCCCGACAAACAUGGUUAUCAGCCUAAGUUCCAUGCAUUUUUUGGAGGUGGAGCUCGGUUUGGCUUUCUUCCUAGUGAUGAGAAGAGUUUGUAUUGGUUUUGCACAUUCACACCAUCUGUUGUCCAUUUUGAUGGAAAUGCAGAACAAGAUCCAAUUAAACUGAAGCAAUUUGUGUUGAACAAGGCCAGUAAUAUGUCUAAAGAACUCUCCGCCGUUGUAGAGAGAACAACGCUAGACUCUAUAUCUUGUGCUCAGCUGAAAUUGAGAUUGCCUUGGAAUGUUUUGACGGGGAAUAUUUUGAAGAAUAAUGUUUGCGUAGUAGGUGAUGCACUUCAUCCCAUGACUCCAGACCUUGGUCAAGGUGGAUGUUCUGCCUUAGAAGACAGUGUUGUUAUUGCAAAAUGCCUCGGGGAAGCUUUGGUGAAACCGAUAAAGGAUCGAGGAGUUGGACAAGAAGAUGAGGACGAAUUUAAUAAGAUCAAAAAAGGACUUGAGAAGUAUGCUAAAGAGAGGAGAUGGAGAAGUUUUACAUUCAUCAGUGCUGCUUAUUUAUCUGGUUUUAUACAAGAGAGUGGUAGCAAAGUAAUCAGUUUCUUAAGAGAACGUUUUUUGGCUGGAGUCACUAUAGCAGUUACACUCAGAAUGGCUAACUACGAUUGUGGAAAACUCACUGUUUCUUGAAGUGUAUGUCCGUCCAUACAUCUCAAAACUGUUGAACUGAAGAAAGAAAGAGGUGCCAACAUUGGUGAAGUUACAUACACCGCGUAUACUUACGUGUGCGUUUGGCCACAACAGCCACAACAACUCACUAUUGUAAAACACCAUAAACCACUUUAUAACCUACUCAAAAAUACCAUGUAAAUAUGCUGUCACAUUUGGUUUCAGAACGACCAAGGAGCAGUAGAAAAAAGCCUAAAGUUCUAUAUACUUUGAGUUCUAUUUAAACUUUAUCUAUAUUUAUAUCUA